AUGAGACUCUUUAUCCUCGCCGCCGCGGCCGCCGCGGCCGCCGCCACCCUCCUUCUCCUUCAAGUCUCGGCACUCCUCAUCCUCGCCGCCGCCGCCGUCGCCGCCCUCCUUCUCCUCCAAGUCUCGGCCGCCAGGACCGUCCGUACGGAGCCGCUGCUCCGGUAUUGGAACCCGAUAAAGAACCUGGGCGACCCGUUCGUGAGGGAGAUCGCUCAGUUCGCCGUCAAGGCGCGCAAUGACCAGGCCCAGACGGGGCUGGUGCUGGAGAAGGUGUUGAAGGCCGAGAUCCUGUUCGAGGCGGGGAUAAACUACAGGAUCGUCUUCGAGGUCAAGGACGGGACCAACACGAGAAGAUUCGAGGCCCUCGUCUGGGACAAGCCGUGGGAGCACUCCAGGCAUCUCUCGUCGUUCAAUGCUGUUUAG